AAGUUUUUUUUAAAAAAAAAGCUUCAGGCAAAACGUCGUCGUUUUGCUAAAUGAAAAAGACAAAAAAAAAUAUAUAUACCCCAACUAUCCAAACACCCUUCUUAAUCGCUUCUAAGCCCAGAAAGUGAAUCCAAACAGGGCCAUAAUUGCGCGUCAGCCGCUGGGGUUUAACUCUCACACACUACAACACUAAAGCCUCUGGUUUUACACACCCGCAGUCCCGGUAUAGUUGAAUAUGAUUAGGGCUGCGACGAUCAAUACUCGAGCCGUGUGUCUUCACUUUUCUCUUUCGCUUCUCGUAUUUGCAACCAAUCGAUCAACGAAUCAAAGCUUUUGCUGUUCUGCUUAGAUUCUGUGAUUUGUGCAUUGCUUUCUUUAGGUCAAUGAUUAUGGUGUAUGAGAGUUGAUCUGGAAAUCUGAACUCUGUUCCUCUUCAGUUUUUGUAGUUUCCAGCUAUGGUUGCUACUGAUACUAUAGUAAUGAGGAAGUUGAAGAUCAAAACUGAAUCCGAACAAACUAAGACUGAAUCUACGAUUCGAUGCAACUUUGGCCAGAAGUUGGUGCCACCUUCCGCAGUUGACAGAAAUUUGAAUUCUGCUGAUAACUUAAAGGUGAAGUUGUUGGAACCAGGCCGUCACAAGCGGAGACCUGCAGGAUUAUUAGAAAGUCAAAAGGUGAAGAGGCAGAAGAUAGAUCGGAGCGUGUCACAGCAGUGUUCUACCAUUCUGAAGAAAUUGACAACUAAUCCAUCUGCUUGGCCUUUCAAUCAGCCAGUGGAUCCUGAGAAAUUGCAUAUUCCUGAUUACUUUUCUAUCAUUUCUGAACCCAUGGAUUUGGGAACGAUAAAGACCAAACUGGAGAAGAAUUUGUAUUCCAGCGCUGCAGAGUUUGCUUCUGAUGUCAAACUGACCUUUUCCAACGCCAUGCUGUAUAAUCCUCCAGACAACUAUGUUCAUCUAAUGGCCAAGGAUUUAGAUAAUAUGUUUAAUUCAGGAUGGAAGUGCUUGGAGGCAAAAUGGAAUUGUAAGAGCAAAAGAGAUGAGCAGUCAUCUAUGUCAAGUGAAAGACCAAAGAAUAUUGAUGUUUCAGGGCAGAAUAGAUGUUUUCUGAGCAGAAAAGAAGAACAGGCAUCUGUUUCAAGUGGAAGACCCAAGAAUAUUGUUGUUUCAGGGCAGAAUAACCGUAAAACACCUUCAUUGCGUGUUAGUUCGCAGCCCAGCACCUUGAUGUCAGCUAUGAAGAAGAAAAAGCUGAGAGAAGAGCUUGUGAGAGUAUUAAAGGGAAAUAUGCCACAACAGCUGGAGUCGUUUUUUAAAAAAUAUGCUUUCAUCUGCCAGAAAGAAGAAAAAAUUGAAGUGGAGAUCGAUACAUUGGAUGACAAAACUUUAUGGUUUUUGGAAAGAGUGAUUAGGAGUUCUUUGGAUAUAAGAGCUGCAAAAGCGGAGCCUCCUAAAAUGAAAGAAAAUGGCAGGCCUCAAUCUUCAGGGAAGAUGUUCCACAAAGCUAUGAAGUGGCAGAAUACAAUUUCUGUUACUGGUACUAGAAGUGCUUCAGGUUCUGCCAAUGUCAAACCUUCAUUGGCUCUCUCCAAAUGUGCAUGUGGCAGUGUGAGAUGCCAAUGUGGACGUCAAAAUGAUUUUGUCUGUUCAUCUUCAAGUGAUUUAUCUUCAGAGAAAUCAUUGGAACAAGAUCAUCACGAUGCUUGUAGAACGGACUGCAAGGUACAAAUGGCAUCUUCCCAGAUGAGCAUAUCAUCCCAGAUGAGCAAAUCAGAUUCUGAUGGGGCCACAAGUGCUUUGGAUGAAGAAGUUUUUUGUUCUAGUCCACAACUUUCGACACUUGCUACAACUGCUGCUUCUGGAGAAGUUGGUUUAGCUUGCACACCACUUAUUGAUGUCCAACUGCCACCAAAGAAGGCUCUCCGUUAUGCAAUGCUAAAGAGUCGCUUUGCAGAUACAAUCUUGAGAGCAGAACAGAAGAUACUUUUAAAUCAUGGUGGUAAAGCUGAUGUGUUAAAAAUGCAGCAGGACAAGGAAAAAAUGGAAAGAAUGCAGCAUGAAGAGGUGUUAAGAAUUCAAGCUGAAAUCAAGGAUGCUGAAGCUGCCUCGCGACUAAGAGCAAAAAAUGAACUGAAAAUGCAGCGGGAGAGAGCCCGACUUGCACUAGAGAAGAUAGAGAGGAGCGUGGAGAUUGAUGAAAAUUUGAAGAUCUUUAAAGAUCUUGAGAUGCUUUGUGGGUGUACGCCAUUUGGCCGCUUCUGUAAUGCGUUGGAACAGCUCGGUUUGUAUAUAAAGGAGGAGUACCUGGUGGGUGAGAACGAGGAUAUAUAUUCAUAAAUCUGAAAACUCUUUGUUUGUCACUCUGAUUGUAUAUUCUUGUUUAGUGGAGUGGGGAAAGAAAAUGGUUGGGUGUAAAUGAUGUUCUGAGUGAGGGAUUGUAGUUGUAGAUGAGCCAAGAAAAAUGUUGCAUUGGUUUCUCGUCUCCAUUUUUUGAGAGGGGAUGAUGUAUUUGGAUUUAGGAGGGAUAUUGGAAACUGUUUAUAAUAUAUUGCUCUAGCCUGAAGAGGGGGCUUCCAUUGAGUUUCAUCUGUAUGACACUGUUGUAUUAUCAAUGCAAAGUUGAUGUUACCAUUUUUCAGAUUA